AUGACGUCGAAGCUCACGUACACCGUCACGGGGCCCCGAUGGAUUUUGCUCUCUAUGCAUCACUUACCACAAUUUCUCACUCGUAACAAGAAAACCAGCUCGAUGGACCCGAAAAAUCGAAGGAGGCCCAGGCUGGAGAGACGUAAUGCCUUGAAGCACAUUGACUACGAUGCGACAUCGUCGUCUUCAUCUCUAGAUGACUCGUCGUCGUCUUUACUUACUCGGUCGCUUGAUUUACCGGAUCGGACCAGUUUUCGAAUCGAAGGAACCGAAGGUGAGUUCGACCGCAUUUGUCGCAGCUUAGGCCUAUCUGGUCCCGAGGAUUUCGCGAUUCCGGCGGCAGCUUGGGAAGCUAUGAAGGUCCGGUCUGCUUCAGAUAUUUUGCCCCGGUCCAGAUUGUUCGGCCCGGAUAGUCCGAAAGCAGCUGAAGAAGUUAAAGUGAUAGUUGAAGUGACCAAUCAGCAAGAGGACAAUGAAUUGUGUGCUAGGGUUUUGAAGAGUGUUAGGGUUAGGGAUUCUUCUACUGAGUCAACUCGGAACGAGCCAGCUGAGUUGAACACUUGUCGUAAUAUUGAUAAUCGUUGCGUGUCAGUUGGAAUUAAAGGGCUUAGGCCGCCGUUACUGAAGCCGCCACCGUCGAUGACAUUACCGGUGAUUGAUAAAGAAUGUUCAACUUGGGAUUUAUUGAGGGAUUUUGCACCUGAAAAUGAUAGAGUUGUUAAUAAUAACAAAGAAUUCAGUUCCGAUGACGACGAAGAAGAAGAAAGAAGAGAGCAAGUAAUUGACGCAGCUGUGGGUAACAAGAGAGAAGAAGAAGAGAAUUUGUUGAGGAUAUGUGAAACUGCGGUUUUAUCAGAGUCCUGUUCGUUUACCACCUCUAAUGAUGAUGAUUCAUCAAGUAGUACAACAGAACCCAUGUCGAAUAUUUCCCCUAAUGGGAGAUUUAGAAGGGCUAUAACCGAUUGGGAAAAGGGUGAGCUUCUCGGACGUGGGUCGUUUGGUUCCGUUUAUGAAGGAAUCUCUGACGAUGGAUUCUUUUUUGCUGUCAAAGAGGUUUCCCUGCUUGAUCAGGGAAGUCAGGGAAAACAAAGUAUUUAUCAACUUGAGCAGGAGAUUGCUCUUUUAAGUCGGUUUGAACAUGAAAACAUAGUUCAAUAUUAUGGCACAGAUAAGGAUGAAUCAAAACUGUAUAUCUUUCUUGAACUUGUAACUAAGGGCUCCCUUCUAAAACUCUAUCAGAGAUAUAAUCUUCGAGAUUCCCAAGUUUCUUCAUACACAAGACAGAUUUUGCAUGGUUUGAAGUAUCUUCAUGAUCAGAAUGUGGUCCACAGGGAUAUAAAAUGUGCAAAUUUAUUGGUGGAUGCAAAUGGCUCUGUAAAACUUGCAGAUUUUGGUUUGGCAAAGGCAACAAAAUUGAAUGAUGUUAAAUCUUGCAAGGGGACUGCAUUCUGGAUGGCUCCUGAGGUUGUCAAUAAUAAAAACCAAGGAUAUGGGCUUCCAGCUGAUAUAUGGAGUCUGGGAUGCACUGUUUUGGAGAUGUUAACCCGUCAGAUUCCAUAUUCUGAAUUGGAAUCUAUGCAGGCAUUAUUUAGGAUUGGCAGAGGUGUUCCUCCACUUGUUCCUGAUUCUCUCUCAAAUGAUGCACGGGAUUUUAUCCUGCAAUGCCUACAAGUUAAUCCAAAUGACCGGCCUACUGCUGCUGUGCUUUUGGAUCAUCCAUUUGUGAAGAGGCCUCUUCCAACAUCCUCGGGCUCAGCAUCUCCCUAUAUUGGCCGCCGAUCAUAG